AUGGAGAACGGCUCGGCCAGCCCGGGAGCCGCGCUGGGCAGCGGCAACCAGAGCCUGGGCAGGAUGCCCCGGCAGCCCCUGGAGCUGCAGGUGGUCACCAUCCUGCUGGUGCUGCUCAUCUGCGGCGUGGGCAUCGCGGGCAACGCCAUGGUGGUGCUGGUGGUGCUGCGCACCAAGCACAUGGUGACCCCCACCAACUGCUACCUGGUGAGCCUGGCCGUGGCCGACCUCAUCGUGCUGCUGGCGGCCGGUCUGCCUAACAUCUCCGAAGUGGUGGCUUCUUGGGUGUACGGCUACGCCGGCUGCCUCUGCAUCACCUACUUGCAGUACCUGGGCAUCAACAUCUCCGCCUGGUCCAUCGCCGCCUUCACGGUGGAGCGGUACAUCGCCAUCUGCCACGCCAUCAAGGCGCAGCUCCUGUGCACCGUGUCCCGCGCCAGGCGCAUCAUCGCCUCGCUGUGGCUCUUCACCUCGCUCUAUUGCCUCAUGUGGUUCUUCCUGGUGGACACCACCCAGGUCACCUUCUCGGACGGGGCGCAGGUCACCUGCGGCUACCGCGUCUCCAGAAGCCUUUACAUGCCCAUUUACUUCUUGGAUUUUGCCGUCUUCUACGUCAUCCCGCUGGGGCUGGCCGCUGUCCUGUACGGCCUCAUUGCCCGCAUCCUCUUCGCGAGCCCCGUGGCCGGCGCGCCGCAGCAUUCCUUCCCGGGCUCCGUGCAUCAGGGCAGCUCCCUCCAGCUCUCCUCUCGGGGCAGCAGGGGGGCCCUGAGCUCCCGCAAGCAGGUGACCAAGAUGCUGGCUGUUGUGGUGGCCCUCUUCGCCGUGCUGUGGCUGCCGUACCGCGCGCUGGUGGUGGUGAACUCCUUCGUGGACCCUCCGUACCUGAACACCUGGUUCCUCCUCUUCUGCCGCCUGUGCAUCUACCUCAACAGCGCCAUCAACCCCAUCAUCUACAACCUCAUGUCACAGAAGUUCAGGGCUGCCUUCAGGAAGUUGUACAAGUGCCAGGAGAGGAGAGCUGAGCACCCUGCCCCGUGCUCCACCCCGGUGUACUACAGUGCCGUGAAGGACAGUUCUCACAACAGCUCUGACCACAACCUCACCGAGCAGGAGGAUCUGAGCAAGCUCCCCGCUCCUGCAAAGAGUAAACGAACCCUGUGAGCCUGAAACAAGGCAGGCAGUGGCAGCUAUGUGAUGUACACGCUGUGCUGGGAGAGUGCCAAGAGGAAUUGCUUUGGCAUUGCAGCAAGCUUCAUUCAAUACUUCUUCAGGGCAUUUAACAAAACAUAAUGUCAUAGGCAAAUUAAUUUGCUUUUCCUUAGCGCUAAUUUAUUCUUGUUUGGUGAAGCGUUAGGCACAUGUCAAUAUUUAGCAUCUCUAAAGCAUCUGUUGUUAAAUAUAGCAGUGCCACCCUGUUUUCUGUUACGUGCAAGUGCUGAGCUGGGCCAAAGCAUUGAAAGGAAUCCCAGGAACAGAAGGGCAUUAGAGGAAAAAAAAUACACCAUUUUAGAGUGAGUCUCUCCUACCCAAAUUGACGUGCCUGUAACACAGCUCAUGGAAUCUGCUCCUCUGGAGUCCUUUUGAAGUUAAUGGGGACAAUUAGGUGCUUUCACGUGUCUCCUCUCACACUCCUGUGAGGAUUACACAUCCCUACAGAGGAGAUGAAUGCCUUCAAGAUACAAGACCAUUGACUUUAAAGGGACUCUCAGGGGGAGACUCCUACAUCAGGAAUAACCAAAGCUGGGUGUCAUGAGCCUCAUGUCAUGUCUCUGGAAACACUGCACUGCUGGUAGCACAGAAACCCAACAUCCAGACUGGAUGGAUUUGCUACAAUGAACAAACUAAUAAGGAACAAACUAAUAAUGAGUGUUCCCUAAUGUGACAGAAUUACUUCCAACAUUGUGGUCUGAGUUUCUUUUGGAUAACUUUACCUUCCCUGUCUAAAUUCCUCUGGCUGCUUCAGCUGAAAACUGUACUCUUGUCCUGUAAGCCCCAAUGUGGUGUAGUCAUGUACCAUAGAGCAGUGUUGCUCUCUGCCCCAGCUACAGGUGCAGAAAUUCUCCUGUUUCCUGGGAAUAACUUGUGAAGUCCAUUAAGUGUUUUGUGAUUAGUGACUCAAGUAUUUAUUGCUGCUGUCAUCUUGUAAGCAAAGUAGACAUUCAUACCCUGCAGCAUCCAGGAGACCAGUCCAAGGACACUUGCCCCAGACUCACAAGAGACCAUCUGGACUAUGAGUAAAAUCAAAAAAGAUUACCCAUGAGCCAAACCCUAGGGCUCUUGCCAAAUAAAACAAGUGUCUGCCAUCAGUAAACCUCAAGUGACUGUGAAGUAUUACUUGAACAGCCAAUGCAGCCUCACUAGUCUGGCUUUCACCAAACUGUGAUGUUAGAAGAGCUUAGAAUUUUGCAUCCACUCGGGGAAAUAUGUGAGUGACAGUUUCAAGGGCACAGGAUGUUAAUUAACCAUUCUGCAUCUACAAGAAAUCACUGUGCUGUGUGAGUCAGGACAAGACCUCAAGUCUCCUCAGGGUAUUGAAACUGUCCAGGACUAUUUUGUUAUGUGUAGGGAGGUUUUGCAUGUAUGACUAUUAUAUUGCAUGUUAUUAAACCAUCUACGUUGCCCCUAAAAUAGAUGGAGGAUGAGAGAAGAGAACAUUGGCUUUUUGCAAUUAUUUUAAAUAUAAUGCAUUUGGAAUUCAAGGAUUGAUGCUAUUUUUGCACAGUUUUGUGUAUAUUGUAUAUUGUGAAUUUAGCAACAGAGUUCCCACUUGUUGUUAAGAAAGUUCUGCACAGAGAUUUGAGAUUUACUUCUUGAAGAAAAUGGAGGUGUUUUGCUAACAUGUCAACAUGUCAGGAUUUGCUUUUUUAUCGUACAAUCUUUUUUACAAUACAGACUUCCCCCCCCCCCCGAAGAGAUUUUUUUCUCAGCAGCUCAGAACAAGCCAUUGAUAAAAGCAUGUGCAGACAAACCAGAGCAGCAAGGAUCAGGGUGAGGUGGAGGAAGGGGUGACCGCUGGGGCCUUGAGCACAGGCAGCAUCUUCUCGGGGAUGGGCUGUCCUGUGUCCUCCAGCCCUUCCCCCUGAAGCUGUGAGUGCAGAGAGCUGGAUGUGGGAAGAGGAUUUACUGCCAGAGCUGGGAAACCCACUGCAUCCUGACCGAAGGCAUUUAUCCGGCAUGGGAUGUGCGGUGUGACAGUCUUAUCUCUGCGAACACAAGGAGCAGCUUAAUUCUGAAGUAUCCCCAGCAGGAUGUUUUCCACCUCCUCAUCACAUUUCCUAUCUUCACUCAUCCCCUUUCUGCUUCCCCCCCCAGAUGGAGACAGCCUAAAAGCAUUAUUUUCUUAAUUAAAUUUCAGCCUCUGGCCAACGGCUAAUUGAUAGUUCUGAAAUAUUUGUUCAACGUACUUGAGAUUCAAUUAAAACCUGCUUCUCUUCUCCCCUUUCUGCUCUUAGCUGCCAAGUACUGCAUGACCCCAUGCUAUUUUUUUGAGAAGUAAUUGGCAGAUGAAUUCUCCUGGAACCACGAGAUCUCCAACAACUGCACAGAGCAUUAAACUCUGUAGAUGAGGAAUGAGUUUCUGGUCCUUCCCCCUGCAUGAAUUCUGACACUUUAGGAGGAGAUGAGAGACUUGGAGGUGGAAGUGGAGGCAGAAGGUCAGCACUCAGCUUGCUAAGGAGACGCUGGUUGAGAGAUGCAUGCUGCUGGGAAAUAAAUCACUAGCAGGAAGGAAUUAAAAGAAACAACUCAUCACUGUAACCGCCUUUGGAUAUUCAGGGUCUGAAUAAAAACCUUAAUUCCUUAUAAGAAAUCAGAGAGCUCCCUUGAAGCUUCAGCCUGCAUUACCUUGUACCUUGCAACAUCCCACCCUGCUCGUAAAGUCUCAAGCUGUAUUUUACCCUCAGCAGUUAUUUGUCUCAACAGCAUGAAUGUGGGCUGUGAGUUUAUGAACAUGCCAGCAAAUAAAGAAUCUAUUGCUCCUGAGUAAUUUAUCGCA